CCAUUUUCCCCAGUCCAGGCAGAAUAAAAUUUUUUGCAUGCUCUUCUUCCGUGACUGCCACCUGAUUUACGUCGGUUAAAGCGGGCGGCAAAGUGAUCCAGGUACUGUCGGAUUAAUUGUGGUCAAUCGGUUUAUUUGUACCGGCCAGACCCGAUCCACUGAUCUUCUGUGCAUGACCUUUGGUCUGAGUGUCUGUGACGGACCAGGCUGCUGAUAAUUAAUGGCACUGUGUUGCAAGAGGCAGCAACACAAAAGCUCGUCGGUCGUCAUCGGACGUAGGCUACUGUAGCCCACUUACUUUUGUCCUGUCUCCCUCUCUUUCUUUCUCUCUUGCCCUCUCUCCUGCCCUCUCUCUCUCGCUAAGAAUCGAACAUUUCUGUCUCUCUAAAGUUUGUUUACAGGCUUCGAAUCGAUUGCCGUGACUUGAUUGCCUUUGGGCUGCGUAUUUUGCUCCUGGGGUGAAUUGAUUAAGUAAUAAUGACCGCGAACAGGGCCGAUCAUUGAAGCAUGGACGGUUUUGUUUACUGGCGACGGUGGGGUGCUUUUGGAUAUAGCACACCACGACAUUGUUUCAUUUCCACUGAAUAUCUGAAAAUAUUACACAUUUGGAUUAUGGAUAAUGUUUGGAUUAAUAUUAUCAGUACUGGAGAAGAUAGAAGCAGGAUGGUGACAUAUUAUUGGUGGUAACCAGCAACUUCUAAUUUGACCAAGGCCCCCGUCAACGGCGACCCCAGACUCAUCCCCAGUUAACCUUUCUAACUCGUCCUGCAGCCAUGUCUAAUAUAAACAAUGCCCUCUGCAUUGAGAAUGGACAAAACGCAGAUGUGUCCCUUUUACAAAAGGAUAAUCUUCAGAACCUGCAGAAUUUGCAGAACCUACAGAACCUUCAGGAUGGUGGAUUAAGUCAGCUUUUGGAUUAUAACGCCGAGAUGGAACGGUACCGUUCUUUCGCAAACUUUUACAAAACCAACGGCGCGUUCGGCCAGACCGCCAAGAUCGCCCGCAUCACGACGCCCAUUUUCCCCAGUGCCCGGAUUGGCAUGUCCCCAUGGAACUGUGAUAACGCCAUGCUCUGGGGGAGGAAAUCAGCGGCAAUAAACCCUAAUAGGACCAGCAUGCACAGGAAUGACUCCCAGAGGCCGGGGAAGCCUGGCGCGCCGCCAGAGACUCUACAGCAAAUGGCAAAUAAUAAUUUCCUCUCUACCUUAUCCCCUGAACACUGCAGACCUUUAGCGGGAGAAUGCAUGAACAAGCUGAAAUGCGGCGCCGGCGAAGCGGAGAUAAUGAAUCUCCAGGAACGCGUCGGAACUUUUUCCGCCAUUCCGGCUUUAGGGGGCAUCUCAUUACCUCCCGGGGUCAUCGUCAUGACAGCCCUUCACUCCCCCGCAGCUUCGGCAGCCGUUACAGACAGUGCGUUUCAAAUUGCCAAUCUGGCAGACUGCCCGCAGAAUAAUUCUUCGGCGUCCGGCGGGAACCCGGCGAAGAAGAAGAGGAAACGGUGCGGGGUGUGUGCACCCUGCAGGAGGCUAAUCAACUGCGGCGUGUGCAGCAGUUGUCGGAACCGCAAGACGGGCCACCAGAUCUGCAAGUUCAGGAAAUGCGAGGAGCUCAAAAAGAAGCCCGGCUCGUCGCUGGAGGUAGGUCCGUGUUUUCGUAGACUGGUCCCAGAUCUGUUUGUGUCAAACCUGAGAAAGACCUUAGGCUAUACGGCCUGGGACCAGAGGACACCAGUCAACAAUGGCGAGGCAUUCCGGUGGUUCUUUUAGAGCUCUCAACCUUGAUGACGUAAUAACCAUGAGGUCAGAGGGCAAGAUUGAACUCUGAUGACAUCACAGCAGGAAGCACUUGACGGGGCUCACAGAACCCAAACUGUCCAAAAAAAUACAGUUUUGGAACGAGGGGGAAGAAAGGCUAAAAAGAUAAAACGAUAAACAUUAUGGUGUUGGUUUAACUCUGUAAUUUCCUUUCCUGUGUAAUUAUUGUACCUUUUGACAGUAUCAUAAUGUAUAUUUUCGGUGUCUAUGAAUGUGUUUCAGUGUCGUUUGGCUGUAAAGUUUACAGUCGAUCUUAUGUAAAGGACUCAAUAGACAAUCAUCACGAAUCCUUCGAAAAGAGAUGGCCAGGAUUGAUCGCUGGGAUUGACAAUGUGAUCGCAACACACAACGCAACCUUUUUUAGAUCUGGAGCAAUAAUCUUUAACGCGGAUUAUUCUGCUUUCACUUCGCCCCUUCCUUUCUCCUGUUUUAGAACUUGGAAUUAUAUCAAAACAUAAACUUUUUACCCAGUUUCUGUUGCGUUUUUUUUUUUUGCAUACCUGUCUUGGUGUGUUUCUGACUGAGGGAACAUUAAGGUCCUCUUUAAUUAAUGUGAUGUAUCAUAUAAGUGACACAGUGUAGGAGAGGACAGCAGUGUUAUCCUGGUUAUUCACUAAGAUUUAUUUGGGAGUUAUUUUUUGUUUUGGUCCAGCGAGUUACAAAACAGGGCACAUUGUCUUGUGUAGCGAGUUGUUAUUUUUUGUAAAACUAGGAACAAGGAACAUCCUCAUCAUCAGCACAAAAUGGUGUCCGCGAGCCAGACAGUGUUUCUGGGUGGCUCAGAUACAUUUCAAAGAUGGUGUUAUGGUUACUGUUAGACCUUCUGAAUCUCUUGGUUUUUGUUUCAGAUUCAAAAUGUUAUUUUAUAGGUAACACUUUACUUGAAUCCUGCAGGUAUAGUGUGUUACUACAUGUAUGAAACCUUAUAAUAUAUAAUAAGGUUUAUGGUAAAUACUUGCAGACUUAUAAGUAAAGUGUCACUGAUUUUUACACCCAAGCUAUCUUUGAAAUAAAUAUCCGUAAUUACAGUAAGAAAUUCUAAGGUUACAUUAACAUUCCAAUUUGUUAUACUAUACAUACCCGACAGCCGUUAUCCACAAUAUAGUAUAAAAACAUACUAUAUAUAUAUAUAUAAAAAUCCAGCUAUUCUGGAAAUAAGGGACUGUCCAUACCUUUCCCCUAGCAGAGACAACAAUAGCAGUAACGACCUGUCUGUUGAGCUGAAGCAAAAAGUGACAAGACCUUCCCAAAACGACAAAUUAUUCAAUAAGUUACUCAUUGUCUUAAGACCCUAUUGUUGCAUGUGUAAAUGUGUUUUGGUUUGGAAGAUUACAAAGAAUUUGUAUAUCGUUGUUGUGACGCUUUUAUGUGUUAAAAUAAAAAAA